AUGGAUUCCUCUAGCCCAGGACAAUCAGCUGCGCAAGCCUCUGAAUCAGUCUCGUCGAAGCAUAUACUUUUGUCUGAGAUUCUCACCGUUACCUCGGUUAUGCGCAAGAAUUCUCGAUGGGCUUCAUCCAUGCACAGCUUUAGCACACGGGAUUCUGCCCUUGCCAGCAGUCUGGGACUUAGAAGAACAAAGCAUUUUCUUGAUCGUGAUGUCUCGGAACGUGGCAGUACGGAGCAGGAGCUCAUGACCGGCUUCCAAGAGCUCAAACGCCUUGUGAAGGAUGUUGAUGAUGUACGGUCGUUGACUCUGGCCACACUCCUUGCGCCAUUCUUUGCGAUAAUCAGGUCCCCUCUGUCUACAGGACCCAUCACGUCCGCCGCACUUUCCUCCAUCCACAACUUCUUCGUCUGCAACCUGAUCUCUCCCACUUGUGAUACUCUUCCCAAUUCCCUCGGUGAAAUGAGCAAUGCAAUAUCUCGGUGCAAGUUUGAGACAAGCGACUCUUCGGGUGACGAAGUGGUCCUACUGAAGAUCUUGACUGUUAUUCAGGACGCGAUGUGCGGAGUUGUCGGUGAUGCAUUGGGAGACAUCGAAGUCUGCGAGAUGCUCGAGACGGUAUUGACGACGUGCUGUCAAACGCGCCUCAGCGAGGUAUUGCGGCGGUCCGCAGAAGCUACCAUGCACUCGUUGGUCAGGACCGUGCUUUCGCGGCUACAGGUGUUGGACCUCGACGUAGAGGAGCGCAAGCUAUCAGACAGCGGUUGCGAUGCAGUAGAGGGUGAGGUGAAGAUGAGUGUGUCGACCAAAUCUCUCGCGGAACAUAAUUCUGGCAACGUUGACACAGAAGAUGACGCCCGAACCGCCGAGACAGCGGUGGAUCAGGAAGUACCGACAGCGUCUGCUAUAAAAGCUGAAAGACAAGAAUACGGCCUGCCUUCCAUUGUAGAGCUCUUGCGUGUGGUUAUCAACAUUCUCGACCCCAACGAUCAAGCACACACCGAUUCCAUUCGUCUCACUGCCCUACGGAUAGUGAACGUUGCGUUCGAAGUUUCCGGAAGUCGCAUUUGCGAAUACCCGUCCCUUUCCACUCUUGUUCUCGAUCACGGAUGCAAAUACUUGUUCCAGUUGGCUCGCUCCGACAAUCCUUCCGUAUUGCAGACCGCUCUACGCACAAUCUCGACCAUGUUUGAGACUAUGCGCCCAAAACUCAAGCUUCAACAAGAACUGUUUCUUGCCUUCACAAUCGACCGCCUCGCACCACCUAUGCCAAAAGGUAUUCCAGCUCUUGGCGGCAAGGGUCUGUCCGCAUCUUCAAGACCCGGAACGCCCAAUUUAGGGUCGGAGUUGGAGAAUGGACCAUCAACGCCACGUAUCCUGGUUGCGCCUGCUCGUGGAGACACGCGUGAAUCUCUGCUGGAGACUUUAAGCUUAAUUUCGCGCCAUCCCAGUUUCAUGGUAGAUCUCUAUACCAACUAUGACUGUGAUAUGAACUGCGAGAACAUGUUUGAGCGUCUCAUCGAGUUCUCAACGAAGGGUGUAUACCCACCGCAAUCUGUCGGAGGUCUCGAGUUCCAACAACAGAAUUCCCAGUAUCUUUGCUUGGACCUGUUAUUGGCGUUCGUUACCCAUAUGGCCUCUCGAGCUGAAGGUCUUUCCGAAACCUGGCCUGUAAACUUUGUCUCUCCCGAGGACCUCCUGCUCACGAAAUCUCGCAAGAAACUGAUCCUGACAGGAACUGCGCGGUUCAAUACUAAGCCGAAGACGGGGCUGUCUUUCCUUGAGGAAAAUAGGUUGAUCUACACGGAUCCGAAUGAACCACGCACCGUCAGUCUGGCCCAGUUUUUGAAGAACUCGGCCCGCGUGGAUAAGCGCCUCUUGGGCGAUUUCAUCUCCAAGCCAGAUAACAUUGAAGUGCUGAAGGCCUUCAUGCUCCUUUUCGAUUUGAAGGAUAAACCCGUUGCGGAGGCAAUGCGAGAGCUUUUGGAAGCAUUCAGACUUCCAGGAGAGGCGCAGCAAAUCAAUCGAAUCACGGAAACUUUCGCUGAAGUCUACUUCGCUACUCAACCAGCGGAAGUCAAGUCGCAGGACGCCGUCUACGUGCUUGCGUAUUCAAUCAUCAUGCUCAACACAGACCUUCACAACCCCCAGGUCCGGAAAAGGAUGACCAUCGAGGAUUACACGAGGAAUCUGAAAGGUGUCAACGAUGGCUCCGACUUUUCAGCUGAAUUCUUGCAAAAUGUUUAUGACUCAAUCCGCAAACGAGAGAUCGUCAUGCCAGAGGAACAUACUGGGCAACUGGGCUUCGAGUACGCAUGGAAGGAGCUCCUCACGCGUUCACGUCAGACAGGAGAAUAUAUGAUGUGUAAUACUUCUCUAUUCGACGUCGAGAUGUUCAGAACUGUUUGGAAGCCCGUUGUGUCAGCAAUCGCUUAUGCCUUCAUCACCUUCGAGGACGAUUAUAUCAUCGAACGCGCCAUCGCUGGUUUCCGGCAAUGCGCUACGUUAGCCAGACACUUCGGGAUGCCCGACGUUUUCGACUACGUCGUCGUUUCAUUGUCUCAAGCAACCUCUCUUUUCUCCGAAGCACAGUCUCCGCAAGUCCCGAAUUAUCCUGUUGUCGAAGUAGAAGGGCAGUCAAUCACUGUUUCUGCGUUGUCUGUGAAGUUCGGAACCAACUUCAAAGGCCAAUUAGCGACAGUUGUACUGUUCAAUAUCGUGAAUGGUAACGGCAAUGCGUUACGGGAAGGGUGGACCCAGAUAUUUGAGAUGUUUCAGAGCCUUUUCUUACACUCCCUUCUACCUGCCAAAAUGCUGCAGAUGGAGGAUUUCCUUGGAGGUACCUCCAUUAUUCCUCUGCACGGAAGCCAGCCAUCCCGUCAUGCACCAAGAUCAGAUGGUCUAUUGUCCGCAUUGUCAUCCUACUUGAUGACGCCGUAUAGCUCAAGUGCGGACACUUUGGUUCCUGAUGCCACGGAUUCAGAUAUCGAGAACACCCUUUGCACUAUUGAUUGUAUAUCCUCUUGCCGACUGGACGAAUUAUAUGGUCAAAUAUUGCAGCUUGACGUAGAUGCAUUAGUUGCCGCAGUCCGCGCACUCGAGGCUCUCGCUCACGAGCGGACUGUCGCACGUCUGAAACAAGAGUCUGACGAUGUUUCUUUAGGAUAUAGUACACCUCAAGGUGGUCUGUACUCUUUGCCCUACGAUCCCGCUUCCGUAUUUCUUCUGGAGACAAUGGUCAGCAUUGUGUGUCAGACACCACAGCACAUAGAGGAUCUCUGGCCAGUCCUUUUUGAACACUUAUCAGCAUUACUCUCCGCCCCGACACAGUACAGCAUCCUGCUUAUUGAGCGAGCCGUUGUCGGACUCCUGCGAAUAUGCCUCAUUUUGGCAACAAAAGUGGCUCUACGAGAUCAAGUUUAUGUAUCUUUCGAUCUUCUUGCUAGCUUACCUCCUAGUAUAGCUACCGCCGUGGCAGAGCAAGUCGUUGCGGGGCUUGUGCGAAUAGCGAAGCAUCAUGGAGAUAUCGUGAAUUCACAGACAGAGUGGAACAUUGUAUUUGCUCUUAUGCGCUCCACGAUCGCACAUCCAGAGGCGUCCCGGCAAUCGUUCCAAUUGAUCACGAGCCUGGUUUCCCAAGGUCCUGAACAACGUGUAACGAUGGAUAACUUUACGGGGUUGAUUGGGGUGCUGGAGGAAUUUUCCGCUGUAGCGAGCACCGCUGUCGAAGCUCAACAGCAAGGCCGUCGUACGCAAUCCUUGAAUACCUCGAACUCACCGAUUGUCGAGCGGGGUCGAAAAGCGAUUGAUAUGAUAGCUGACCUGAAGAAAUUCUGGUCCGUGUUCUCCGCCUCUGCUGUGCGGCAGAAAGGACUGGUAUGGCGGCAGUAUUGCCUUCCUCUUCUAUCGGCUCUAGGAAGGCAGUCUACCAAUGUCUCAAGGGAGAUCCGGCAAGCCGCUAUGGUCCACCUGCAACGUAUAGUGUUGGGUCCUCACCUUCCUGUGGAUGUUAAUGAGCACGGCCAGGUGGAAGAGUUAUUUAACCGUGUGGUCUUCCCUCUGCUGGACGAACUUCUCAAGCCGCAGGUGUUCCUCCGUGAUCCGAUGAGCAUGCCUGAAACGCGUGUGCGCGCGUCCGCGCUGCUAUGCAAGGCAUUCAUGCAGUUCGAGGCGCGGGAGGGCCAGAAGGCGGAUAUUAGGGUGAUGUGGAUCCAGGUGCUGGACUUACUCGAUCGGUACAUGAACGUUGAUCGUAGAGGUCAACUGUACGAAGCCGUACCAGAAUCGCUGAAAAAUGUGCUCCUUGUGAUGAACGCCAGUGGACUCUUGGUUCCGCCCUCAGAUCCCGACGAGCGUGACGACCCUCAGAAGGCGCUCUGGCUUGCGACGCACGAAAGGAUUGAGAGGUUUUGCCCUGGAUUCCUCUUUGAUGUUCUUCCCCCGCCUCCACCUCCUCAGCCAACACCAGUGCCACACUUGUCUCCAUCGUCCUGA